CCGCCUCCCGAAGUGUUGGGAUUAUAGCCAUGAGCCACUGCUCCUGGCCUCUACAUUUUCUCUCUUACCCUUUCCUCUGUUAGCCCCUUAGCCUCCUGUAUUUCCAAGUGGCCAAGGCAGCUGCUACCUUUAAAUUUCUAUAAUGUCAUCAUUCCUCUUUUUGUCAUUCUCUGUAUAAAUUUUGUGUGUCUCUAACUUGAAGUUCUCAAAGAAAGAGAGCAUUUGGCUGAUUAGCAAAGCCUAUAGUUUGGUUCCCUUCAGGUCAGGGGUUCACUCCUUGGGCCAAGUAGUACAAAGAUGUCAGCAAGAGCUGUGAGAGGAGACAGAUCCUCUUGGGAGAAGGUGUACCUAUGGAGAUUGAGUAGCUUCUGUAGUAAACUGUUAUUUAAAGCAGCAUGCCCCAGAGUAUAACAUGCUUAUUAAUAAUCUGAGAAUUUUGUUUAAAUGUAAAUUUUGUCUAGCAGGUCUGGGUUAUUCCGUGUGUCAACAAGCUCUCAGGUAAUGCUGAUGCUGCUUGUCUGAGGUCCUUCAGCCAAACACAAAAGGAUUGUAAAGGAAGGGUAGCAGAGGCCAUGUUUGGAGAGGGCAGAGAGCAGGAAGGAAAUGAGGAGAAUGGAGAAUCUGUGGGUAAGAGACUGCCCAGAAGGACCAUGUGCUCAGAGACAGCCAAUGUUGGAGAGGGUGAGCAAAAUAAAAAUGAAAGCCACUUUAAUAUGAACACUAUGCACAAUUUUGUAAGUUCUUGUCAGCUGAGUCCAAAGGUCUAUGGAUUCGCGAGCAAGAAGGUCCACAGCUGGAUAAAUCCAGAGUUGGGGAUUUGCAGAACAGAAAUGGGGAAGAGAAUAAGCAACUUGAAUUAAUAUGUUAACCAGGAGGUCGAUUUUGUGAUAGAUCAUGCAGUUUAUGUUGUUUCAAAUUAUUCAGUGCCUUUAGAUUGUUUUUUAAAAGCUGGAAAAGACUCAACCAUUGCUUAACAGAGAAUAGUUUCUCAUGAAAAUAAGUGCGGGUAUGUGUACAUAUGCAUACCCAUAUGCUUGUGUGUCUAAUCCUCUUGCAAGUGAUGUAUCUCUACAUAACAGGCUGACUCUGGAACGAUUUAUAACAGUUCACUUGUUUGGAUCUUCAGAAAGUAUUAUCUUUUGCAGUCAGACAUGGAAUGUUCUCUUGCCAACGUAAUUAUGGAAAGACAGAACUCAAAGUUUAAACAUUAACAGUAUUGCAGAAGAAAGAUGUUUUUCAGGGUGUGAUGCAUGUGAGUAUCUUUGGAGAUUAAAAAAAUUGUCAGUCUUAAUGGUGCCUCAUCAAGGAAACUUCAGUUCAACAUCUUAGUUUUCUAGUCAUGUUAAACUUAAUUGAACUGAUUCAAGUAAGUUGGUACCCUUUUGAACCUAUGCUUAAGUCGUUGUAGUAGCUUCAUAUUCAGGGUGUUUCCAAAGAACAUUUUGGGGUUGACCCAUUACAGAGGGAAAUGAAACAAUUAUCUGGCUGACUCAGGAAACCAUUGUUUUAGGAGGCAUGUGUGAAUGAACUGGUAUUUUGACAUGGCCGUCAGAAGCUCUGGUAGGGGACUGGAAUGCCCCAUGUAACCGUGCUUUAAGAGAGACCCUCCUCAAGCAUAGAAAUGCUAUUUUUGAAUGCAGAGCUUGAGGAGGAAUGGAGAGUGUGGUGGGGAUACUUGCCAAGUCUGUCACAUUAACAGAAUCACAGGUGUCACAGGCAGAUUGCCUUGGAUUCCUUGCCAUCUUGAAAAAUCUGGAUAGGGGUCUGAAAUCACUUAAAAUACUUUGAUGAAGUCAUCCAUUUCUGCAUAUUAUCAAUCAUUUAAUACAUGCCAGCAUCUAAAAUGUUACUGAUAUUUUACCUUUCAAUGAUGUUACAUCUGACAGAAAUUUACUUAGAUCUGGAGAAAUGGUAUCUGUCUAUCCUGGCUUUUUACUGACUUAGGUAAUAGAACUGGUUCUAGAAUUCUUAGUUGCUGGCCCUUAGGUUUAAUCUUUAGAAGCCACCAAGACUACUAAAUAUUUUAAAUGUUUUUAAGCAACAAAUGAGCUUUUCAUGUGUUAGAACUUAAUAUAUCCUCAUGGAUAAUUCAAAUAAUGACUGAAUAAAUGCAGACCAAGCAGGCAACUUAAACUACAUGUUCUGGAGAUAAUUUUCACUGGCCAGGUUUUCCUACAAAUUCAUCAGUUACAGUUUUAUGUAUGUUCAGAUAAAAAUCAAGAUUAACUUAAAUGAAUUCAUUUUGUUCACCAUUUAGUACAGUCUAGAGAAAGCCAUUAUUCAAUAUCAUCCACAAAUCUGUGAUGAAAGAAGCUAAAAUUGAUCUCCAUUUUGAUUUAUCUCUUGGGAUCUAAACUUCUUGUUUUAAAGAGAUUUUAAAGAAUAGGCAUUUGGAUUUUAUAAAGAAGUACUUGUAGCAAAGGUAGAGUAAGAAUCCAAAUCUGAAAUUUAAAAAAAAUUCAUAAGGUAAUGGUUAUUAGAUUUGUAUCAAAAUGUUAUUUAUCAAUUGAAUUAGCCUUUGGUGUGACUAGAAGAUUUUUCAUUAUAGAUCGGAGUUUCAUUGAAAAAUAAACUUUUGUAAAAAUACACAAAAGAAAAUUACUGCUAAAUAUUUGUAAGCAUAGGCAAGAACUGAGGGUGGAAUUUGGUUUGUUGUUUGUUUGGAUUACUUGCAAACUUUGCUUUUAUAAAUUGUAUGUAAGAAUAUGUUACCAUAUCUGUCUUUGAGAACAUAUUGAGUCAGAUGCUUUGAGUUGGAUAGCCUUUAGAAUCCAUGUUAAUCCUGACUUUACCAAUACCUCAUUCAAUGGCUACUUCAGUAACCAUCUAAUUAAGUAGCCCUGACUCUUAAGAGAGAACAAAGUAAUUACUUAGUAGGCUAGCUCAUCGUGUAGGAAUCAAUUGGCAGCGAUAUUUGAUUACUCCAAAUUGUAAAAUUCAAAGCACUAUAUUUCAUACUUCCUAAUAUUCUUUAUUAAGGUGUUUCCCAAUCAGUUUCUUAAAAUAUGUUUCUUUUAGAGUGAUGAAACUAUUUUUAAGAAAUUGUCCAUUUAAAAAUUUUAAAGAAGUACUUGAGCUCCCCAUUUUGCUCUGUUUUUUGUUUAGUUGUGGCAACUUUUUUCUUCCUUGAAAGACACUUACGCUUACAUGCAGAAGGGCUGGUUUGAAUUUUGGUGCUAUUAUCAAUUAGAUGUGUGACUUCAUGUGAGUUGUCCAAUAUAUAUUAGCCUCAUUUGUUUAUAGAUAGAGGUGGUAAUAAUGCUCAGGGUUAUUAUAAUGUUAAAUGAGAUAUAUGGGAAAGCUUGUUAUUGUGAAUUGUUGUAUAAGUAUAAUGAACAGGAUGUUAUUGUGUCUAGUUUAAUUGACAUUUCAUCUAUUUAAGAUAAUUACUAUUUAGUAGUACUAUCUCUAAAUGCUGUCUAGCCACGGAAGAUACGAAUCAUAUGGAAGAAUAUGUCAAAUGUUUUUCUGAAUUCAUGUUAUGGGUCUCAUCUUUAUCUUUUUUCUAUUCCUCUGAAUGCCUAAGGAAAAGAGAUUCUACUAAGUGUGGGGAUGUGCCAACUGCCGAGUGGUUUUGUCCAACCCUUCUGGGACCUUUACUUCUCCAUGCUACCCUAACGACUACCCGAACAGCCAGGCUUGCAUGUGGACCCUCAGAGCCCCCACUGGUUACAUCAUUCAAAUAACGUUUAACGACUUUGACAUUGAAGAAGCUCCCAAUUGCAUUUAUGACUCAUUAUCCCUUGAUAAUGGAGAGAGCCAGACUAAAUUUUGUGGAGCAACUGCCAAAGGCCUAUCAUUUAACUCAAGUGUGAAUGAGAUGCAUGUGUCCUUUUCGAGUGACUUUAGCAUCCAGAAGAAAGGUUUCAAUGCCAGCUACAUCAGAGUUGCUGUGUCCUUAAGGAAUCAAAAGGUCAUUUUACCCCAGACAUCAGAUGCUUACCAGGUAUCUAUUGCAAAAAGUGUCUCCAUUCCAGAGCUCAGUGCUUUCACACUCUGCUUUGAAGCAACCAAAGUUGGCCAUGAAGACAAUGAUUGGACAGCUUUCUCCUACUCAAAUGCAUCCUUCACACAAUUGCUCAGUUUUGGAAAGGCCAAGAGUGGCUACUUUCUAUCCAUUUCAGAUUCAAAAUGCUUGCUGAACAAUGCAUUACCUGUCAAGGAAAAAGAAGACAUUUUUGCAGAAAGCUUUGAGCAGCUCUGCCUUGUUUGGAAUAAUUCUUUGGGCUCUGUAGGUGUAAAUUUCAAAAGAAACUAUGAAAUAGUUCAAUGUGAUUCUACCAUUAGUAAAGUUAUUCCUGGGAAUGGGAAACUGUUUUUGGGCUCCAAUCAAAAUGAAAUUGCCUCUCUAAAAGGGGACAUUUAUAACUUUCGACUUUGGAAUUUUACCAUGAAUUCCAAAAUCCUCUCCAACCUCAGCUGUAAUGUGAAAGGGAAUGUAGUCGACUGGCAAAAUGACUUCUGGAAUAUCCCAAACCUAGCGCUGAAAGCUGAAAGCAACCUAAGCUGUGGUUCCUACCUGAUCCCACUCCCGGCAGCAGAACUGGCCAGCUGUGCAGAUCUGGGGACCCUCUGUCAAGCUACUGUAAACUCUCCUAGUACUACACCACGCACUGUCACCACUAACAUGCCUGUUACUAACAGAAUCGAUAAACAAAUGAAUGAUGGAAUUCUCUAUAGAAUAUCCGUAAUGAUUCAAAACAUCCUUCGUCACCCUGAGGUAAAAAUACAGAGCAAGGUGGCAGAAUGGCUCAAUUCAACCUUCCAAAAUUGGAGCUACACAGUUUACGUCAUUAAUAUCAGUUUUCACCUGAGCUCUGGAGAGGACAAGAUUAAAGUCAAGAGAAGCACUGAGAAUGAUUCAAGGUUGGUACUUUGGGCCCUUCUAGUUUACAAUGCUACCAACAAUACCAAUUUAGAAGGAAAAAUCAUUCAGCAAAAGCUCCUUAAAAAUAAUGAGUCCUUGGAUGAAGGCUUAAGGCUACAUAGAGUGAAUGUGAGACAACUAGGUUCAUGUCCUGCUGUGGAGGAACCCAAAGGCUUCUGCUGGCCAUCUAUCGUUCCUUCUGAAUACUCUCUUGAUUGUCCAGAAAAGCCUGGCUUUAAAGUUUCACGGAUAUGUUAUUACAAUGCUUCCAACUUAUCUGAAGCCUACUGGGGACCUGUUGAUGUCUCCAUCUGUUUAAUUGAAGCAAAUGAAGUUGCUAACCAGAUUUUAAAUUCUACUGCUGAUGGGCAGAACUUAACCUCAGCCAAUAUUGUCAACAUUGUGGAACAAGUCAAAAGAAUUGUGAAUAAAGAAGAAAACAUUGAUAUAACACUUGGCUCAACUCUAAUGAAUAUAUUUUCUAAUAUCUUAAGCAGUUCAGACAGUGACUUACUUGAGUCUUCAUCUGAAGCUUUAAAAACAAUUGAUGAAUUGGCCUUCAAGAUAGACCUAGAUAAUACAUCGCAUGUGAAUAUUACAACUCAGAAUUUGGCUCUUGGCGUAUCAUCCCUGUUAGCAGGGACAAAUGCAAUUUCAAAUUUUAGCAUUGGUCUUCCAAGCAAUAAUGAAUCAUAUUUCCAGAUGGAUUUUGAGAGUGGACAAGUGGAUCCUCUGGCGUCUGUAAUCUUGCCUCCAAACUUACUUGAGAAUUUAAGUCAGGAAGAUUCUGCAUUAGUUAGAAGAGCACAGUUUACUUUCUUCAACAAAACUGGACUUUUCCAGGAUGUUGGACCCCAAAGAAAACCCUUAGUGAGUUAUGUGAUGGCGUGCAGUAUUGGAAACAUUACUAUCCAGAAUCUGAAGGAUCCUGUUAAAAUAAAAAUCAAACAUACGAGUACUCAGGAAGUGCAUCAUCCCAUCUGUGCCUUCUGGGAUCUGAACAAAAACAAAAGUUUUGGAGGAUGGAACACAUCAGGAUGUGUUGCACAGAGAGAUUCAGAUGCAAAUGAGACGGUCUGCCUGUGUAACCACUUCACACACUUUGGAGUUCUGAUGGACCUUUCAAGAAGUUCCUCACAGUUAGAUGCAAGAAACACUAAAGUCCUCACUUUGAUCACCUAUAUUGGGUGUGGAAUAUCUGCAAUAUUUUCAGCAGUAACUCUCCUGACAUAUGUUGCUUUUGAGAAAUUGCGAAGAGAUUACCCCUCCAAAAUCUUGAUGAACCUGAGCACAGCCCUGCUGUUCCUGAAUCUCCUCUUCCUCCUAGAUGGCUGGAUCACCUCCUUCAAUGUGGAUGGACUUUGCAUUGCUAUUGCAGCCCUGCUGCAUUUCUUUCUUCUGGCAACAUUUACCUGGAUGGGGCUGGAAGCAAUUCACAUGUACAUUGCUCUAGUUAAAGUAUUUAACACUUACAUUCGCCGAUACAUUCUAAAAUUCUGCAUCAUUGGCUGGGGUUUGCCUGCCUUAGUGGUGUCAAUUAUUCUAGCGAGCAGAAACAAAAAUCAAGUCUAUGGAAAAGAAAGUUACGGAAAAGAAAAAGGUGAUGAAUUCUGUUGGAUUCGGGAUCCAGUCAUAUUUUAUGUGACCUGUGCUGGGUAUUUUGGAAUCAUGUUUUUUCUGAACAUUGCCAUGUUCAUCGUAGUAAUGGUACAGAUCUGUGGGAGGAAUGGCAAGAGAAGCAACCAGACCCUGAGAGAAGAAGUGUUAAGAAACCUGCGCAGUGUGGUUAGCUUGACGUUUCUGUUGGGAAUGACAUGGGGUUUUGCAUUCUUUGCCUGGGGACCCUUAAACAUCCCCUUCCUCUACCUCUUUUCCAUCUUCAAUUCAUUACAAGGCUUAUUUAUAUUCAUCUUCCACUGUGCUAUGAAGGAGAAUGUUCAGAAACAGUGGCGGCGGCAUCUCUGCUGUGGUAGAUUUCGGUUAGCAGAUAACUCAGAUUGGAGUAAGACAGCUACCAAUAUCAUCAAGAAAAGUUCUGAUAAUCUAGGAAAAUCUUUGUCUUCAAGCUCCAUUGGUUCCAACUCAACCUAUCUUACGUCCAAAUCUAAAUCCAGCUCUACCACCUAUUUCAAAAGGAAUAGCCACACAGACAAUACUUCCAUGGACAAGUCCUUGUCAAAACUGGCCCAUGCUGAUAGAGAACAAACAUCAAUCAUCCCUGUUCAUCAGGUCAUUGAUAAGGUCAAGGGUUAUUGUAAUGCUCAUUCAGAUAACUUCUAUAAAAAUAUUAUCAUGUCAGACACCUUCAGCCACAGCACUAAGUUUUAAUGUCUUUAAUGUAAGAAA